AUGAUUGAACCGGGAUUCGUGAAAGCUGAUUCAACAAAUUUACCGAACAUCGAUGUGUUUAUGGUGGCUGAAUUUGUUGAAAACGAUGAUAGGUACAAUGCAGCUGAGAUACGAUUAGUGAAAGCAUCAUUAUCUAGUCGGGAAAAUUACGGAGACAGUGCAAUAGGCUACGUUUGCUUACGGAGAGAGUCGUCUAUCUGCACAAUAAAAGGCAAAAUAUGUCCAGAGCACCGAGUCAAAAGUAAGGGAUAUACAGUGCCUUUGGUGGUAAACGAAGCAGAUGAAAGUAUACAACAAGUAAAUUGUGAAGAUUGUGCUACAUCGCAAGGAGGAUGUAAACAUGCAUUAGCAUUUUUAAUGUGGCUACACCGCAAAAGUGAGCAGCGUUCUCCAACAGAAGUGGAAUGUUAUUGGAAUAAACCAAUAUUAGGAACAGUUGGGACAACAAAGAAAUUUGUAGAAGCGACAGAAUUGUGCAAGGAAGAAAUUCCGAGCACUGUUCUACCUGACAACUCUACAUUCUUACAAAAUGUUUUAAAGAAAGCUGAAGAAAAGCAGAUAGAUAGCCAGCUAUCGAGACACAACUUCGAAUUAUUAGAGCGAGAAUGUUAUUCACUAUCGUUACAUCAUUUGCUAAUAGCAUUCCUUAAGAAUGGAGGAAGUGCUGCCAAUGAUUUCAUACAAUUUGCUAUGUCAAAAAUGACAGCACAAUUGAUUUCCAAAACGGAAGUAGAAACAAGGCAGCAAAGCGAAAGUUCCUUGUGGUAUGAGAUCCGCUAUGGCAGAAUUACUGCAUCUGUUAUGCAUGAAGCAGCUCAUUGUAAAACUACAGAUGGGAGUUUCACCAAUAAAAUUCUUGGUGCAGCUAAGAAAUUUGACUCGGCCUUAACGCGACGAGGAAAAAAUUUAGAAAAGACCGUGAUUGCAGAAGUGGAGAAAUUAAUAAAUAAAAAAUUAAAGAAAUGUGGUAUUAUAUUGAUACCACAAUGCCCAAUGCUAGGAGCCUCUCCAGAUGCAAUGGGAGAAGAUUUUGUGGUUGAGGUGAAAUGCCCCGGUUCAGACAAAACGUUCUCCCAAUAUAUAUCAAAUAACCAAAUAACCUCUAAAUAUAAAGCACAAAUUCAAGUACAAAUGUUUGCUACAAAAACAAAAAAAGGAUUAUUCUGUGUCGCAGAUCCAGAAUUUGAAAGAAACAUGAAAGUAAAUUUACUAUGGGUAGAUUUUGAUGAAAAUUAUACAGCAGAUUUAGUAAAUAAAACAAUGAGUUUUUGGAAAGAAAAUAUUUAUCCAAAAAUGCAACAUUCCAUUUAA